AUGCAGGUAUUUCUUCUGAUCCUUUCUCUCGUUGCCCCUACCAUUAUUGGGGCACCAACUGAGGAAUGGACGGACGGCAUCAGCGACGGGUUUGCAGGACCCGGCUACAUCGUCCCCAACAACAUCAGUAUUGACCCGUUUGUUGAAAUCGACCCAACGAUUCCAGGUAUACGCCUGGCUUUGGACCUGGAGGCUGCCGAUGCAGGUCUCGGCCCCGACGUGGAGCCCCAGGGAGGUGGGCUCGAGGCUCGAGCCGCCGUAACGACGAGCUUCAUUCUCGGCAAAACGCGCGCAGAGUACGGCUGCGACCAGUCCAUCAGGGCUGUGUUCGAGUCUGCCAUCACAACACUCUGCUACCAAGGGGGCUGCGAUGACGGAUCCAGCUACUACCGCUCGGUCCGCUGGUCAAAGGGCGACCGGCAGAGGGUCAACAUACGGGUGGCUGUUACAGGCACGUACUCGGGCAACGUGCGGCAUCGACUGGUUGACGCGGUCAAGCAGACUGUCAACCCGCAGAGCGCGACUUCGUACGAGAAGAGAUGGGCCGUGCAAAUCGGCCUUGGUGGUCAGGCGGUCCUGAAAUGCACCAUGUCAAGGUUUCCAAACUACGUCCAGGUCACCCGUCGUGUCAAUGGCAAUCUGAGGGACGAGAUCAAGGUCACGGUGUAUCCUCCGGAGAAGGAAAAGCAAAUUGGGUGCAUUAUCGCCAGCACUCUUGCUGCUAUUGCAGGAGCCAUCGGGGGUGUAGCCGGAGGUUUCUUUGGCACUGUGGCCGUUCCCUUCUGUUCUUGA